AUGCACGGACUCAGAGCAGGGGAACUGUCUCUGGGGAAGCCCCAUUCCACUCGCUGCCCAGGCAACACGCUCCAGGCCACAGCCAUGUGGUCCCAUCUGCCCUCGCCCACUCCCAGGUGGCUGCUGCUCCUCUGGGGAGUCCUCCAGGCUUGCCCCACGCAGGGCUCCGUGCUCUUGGCGCAGCCACUGCCCCAGAAGCUGACGUCCCCCGGGUACCCGGAACCGUAUGUCAAAGGCCAAGAGAGCUCCACGGACAUCGAGGCUCCAGAGGGCUUUGCCGUGAGGCUCGUCUUCCAGGACUUCGACCUGGAGCCAUCCCCGGACUGUGACCGGGACUACGUCUCAAUCACAGCCAGUGGAAUGGAUCCCAGCCGGUUCUGUGGGCAGCAGGGCUCGCUGCUGGGCAGCCCCCCUGGUCAGAGAGAGUUUGUGUCCUUGGGGAACAGUUUGCGGCUGACCUUCCGUGCACCCGCCUCUGAGGACAGGACCCCGGGCCGCCACAAGGGCUUCCUGGCCCUCUACCAAGCCGUGGGUAUGAGUCAUAGUCAGCCCAUCAGCCAGGCCAGUGGGGACCCUGAGGCCAUCAACACACCUGGAGACAACUCCACUGAGAUCCAGAGCCACUGCCAGGAGCCCUAUUAUCAGGCUAUGCCCGCGGGGACACUCACCUGCACCGCCCAGGUGCCCUGGAAGCAGACACAGGAAAGGGAAGAGGUUCCUCGCUGUGUGCCUGUCUGCGGACGGCCGGUCAUCCCCAUCGCCCAGAACAGGGAGCCCGUUGGUGCCUCCAGAGCUGAGCUGGGCAACUUCCCCUGGCAGGCCUUGACCAGCAUCUACGGCCGAGGCGGCGGGGCCCUGCUGGGCGACAGGUGGAUCCUCACCGCCGCCCACACCAUCUACCCCAAGGACGGUAUCUUCCUCGGGAAGAGCCGGCGCGCGGAGGUGUUCCUGGGCCACACGGACAUCGACGAGCUGCUGGAGCUGGGCGGCCACCUGGUGCGCCGCAUAGUCGUGCACCCAGACUACCGCCCGGACCAGACCCACAACUUCCACGGGGAUAUCGCCCUCCUGGAGCUGCGGCACAGUGUCCCGCUGGGCCCCCACCUCCUCCCGGUCUGCCUGCCCGACCGCAAGGCCCUGUACCGCCCGGGCCUGACGGGCUACGUCAGUGGCUUUGGCGUGGAGAACGGCUGGUUGACCACGGAGCUGAAAUACUCCCGGCUGCCCGUGGCCCCGAGGGCGGCCUGCGAGGCCUGGCUCCGAGAGAAGCGGAGGACCGAGGUGUUCUCCGGUGGUAUGUUCUGCGCCGGGGACAGCACGCGGCCGCAGAGUGUCUGCCAUGGGGACAGUGGUGGUGCCUACGUGGUGUGGGACGAUCGUGCCCAUCGCUGGGUGGCCACGGGCAUCGUAUCCUGGGGCAUUGGGUGUGGUGAGGGGUACGGCUUCUACACCAAAGUGCUCAACUACGUGGACUGGAUCAGAGGAGUGAUGGGCGGGAAGGAUGACCCUGGGGUGCUGAACAGGGGCACCCACCGUGGAGCCCAGACAGGAGAGGGUUGGGUUGAGGACUGA